AUGCAACUGGACGAUUUAGAAGGCGAAGAUGAAGAGUUUCGCAAUUUUCUCAAAGAAGCUACAUCAUCGAAAAAAUCUGCUGAAAAUAAAUCAGCAGCAUCUUCUGGCGAUGAACGAAUGGCGAUUAAACCCGAACCAGGAUUUUGCUUGAAAACAAAACGAAUGAAUGAAGAUGAAACAACUGAAGAAAAGGUUUUCAUUAAUGUGUGCACAUCAUCACAGAUCAGUGCUCCACGAGAAAUUACCGAAGAAGAAUUGAUCGAAAUUGUCAAAUCAGAAGAUCCAGGAAGAUAUCGUGUACCGAUUAGCUUAGGUGAACCGAUGGCUGAUCUCGAUAAACAUGGACAAGCUUGUGUGAUUUUCACUGUGAUCAUCCAUCCUGAUUUCUAUCGACGUGCAUAUAACAGUCAAACGUUUAUGAACUUUUUACUGAUGUUGAUCUACGAAGGUUUAGAAAAUAAAUAUCCGCAAUUUAAACUUGAUCCAAGUAAGUUCGAUCGUCUCUUUUCGUCUUUUGUUCAUCAACUUAAAAAAAAACAAUAA